AUGGAAGUUUUCAGUGAGAAAUGUGCUCGUAUGUUCCAUGGUCUUCGCAUCGAUAACGCUCACAGUACUCCUAUCCAUGUUGCUGAGUAUUUGCUGCUGGCAGCUCGUGAAAUUCGUCCUGAUAUCUAUGUAUUUGCUGAGCUGUUCACAGGUUCCGAAGAACGAGAUCACAUGUUCGUGAACCGUUUGGGUAUUUCUUCGCUUAUCAGAGGUAUGUGCCCGCUUGGUUUCACCGUAUGUUUAUGCAACUAA